UGGGGGGGGAGCCAAGAUGGCGGCGGCGGCUGAGGAGGAGGAGGAGGUUUCGCUGCCACCGACGCCGACGAGGAAUUGUAGGAUGAGGCCGUUUCCUGGAGACUUGGUCGCCCAGCACUCUUGAUCCCACAACUUUGCAAAAACGCCUACGACAAUGUCCAGCUCAAGCUAUCCUCCCAACCAAGGAGCCUUCAGCACGGAGCAGAGCCGUUAUCCGGCACAUUCGGUCCAGUAUACCUUUCCCGGUGGCCGGCACCAGCAGGAAUUUGCAGUCCCGGAUUUCCGCACUUCUCACUUGGAAGUCAGCCAGGGUAGCCAACUCCUGCAGCAGCAGCAGCAGCUCCGCCGUCGCCCCUCUCUGCUCUCCGAAUUUCAUCCUGGCUCGGACCGGCCUCAGGAGAGGCGAUCGGGCUACGAGUCCCAGUUUCCCGCUGGCCCUUCCCAAGCCGAUCAUGACGCGCUGGAUUCCAAGCGGCCGCGGCUGGACCAGGUUUCUGACUCGCAUUACCAGCGGCUCAAUGCCACUGCGGUCCUGCCCUUGGCCCACCAGUUCCAGGAAGGCCUGCGCUCAUCGGACCUGAAGAAGGAGCCCAUCUUCGGAGGCAAACAUGAGGGCCCUCCGUCGCCCAUGUCGAGCCAGUCGUGCGGAGAGGACCAGAACGCCUCUCCCUCCAAGCUGUCGAAGGAGGAGCUCAUCCAGAGCAUGGACCGGGUCGACCGGGAGAUCGCCAAAGUGGAGCAACAGAUCUUCAAACUGAAGAAAAAGCAGCAACAGCUGGAGGAAGAAGCUGCCAAACCUCCUGAACCGGAGAAGCCCGUCUCCCCUCCGCCGGUGGAGCAGAAACACCGCAGCAUCGUCCAAAUCAUCUACGAUGAGAAUCGGAAAAAAGCAGAGGAAGCUCAUAAGAUUUUCGAAGGGCUGGGCCCCAAGGUGGAGCUGCCUCUUUACAACCAGCCUUCCGACACAAAAGUGUAUCACGAAAACAUCAAAACGAACCAAGUGAUGAGAAAGAAGCUGAUUUUGUUUUUCAAGAGACGGAAUCAUGCCAGAAAGCAAAGGGAGCAGAAGAUCUGCCAGCGCUAUGACCAACUGAUGGAGGCCUGGGAGAAGAAGGUGGACCGGAUCGAGAACAACCCCCGGAGGAAGGCCAAGGAAAGCAAAACCCGGGAGUAUUACGAGAAGCAGUUCCCCGAGAUCCGGAAGCAGCGGGAACAGCAGGAGAGGUUCCAAAGGGUUGGCCAAAGAGGGACCGGCCUUUCGGCCACCAUCGCUCGGAGCGAGCACGAGAUCUCCGAGAUCAUCGACGGGCUGUCGGAACAGGAGAACAACGAGAAACAGAUGCGCCAGCUGUCUGUCAUUCCUCCCAUGAUGUUCGACGCCGAGCAGAGGCGCGUGAAGUUCAUCAACCUGAACGGGCUGAUGGAGGACCCCAUGAAGGUCUACAAGGACCGGCAGUUCAUGAACGUCUGGACCGAUCACGAGAAGGAGAUCUUCAAAGAAAAGUUUGUCCAGCAUCCUAAGAACUUCGGCCUCAUAGCUUCCUAUUUGGAAAGAAAGAACGUGCCGGACUGCGUCUUGUAUUACUACUUGACCAAGAAAAACGAAAACUACAAAGCCCUCGUGCGACGGAACUACGGCAAGCGGCGAGGGAGAAACCAGGUGAGUUGCCUUCGGAGUUUCUAGUCCCUGGUGUUCUUA